GAAGAUCUGCGACCCCGGUCUGACCUCGUUUGAGCCGGAGGGUUUGGGUAACCUGGUGGAGGGAAUGGACUUCCACAGAUUUUACUUUGACAAUCUCCUCUCCAAGAACAGCAAACCCAUCCACACCACCAUCCUCAACCCUCACGUGCACAUGAUCGGGGACGACGCCGCCUGCAUCGCCUACAUCCGCCUGACGCAGUUUGUGGACGGGCAGGGCCACCCCCGCUCCAGCCAAUCAGAGGAGACCAGAGUAUGGCACCGCAGGGACAGCCGGUGGCAAAACGUCCACUUCCACUGCUCAGGAGCUCCCGCCGCCCCGCUGCAGGGAUGAGGUGCAUGAUGAGGAGUCCGAGAGGAGCCGAGGAGGAGUCGGCGGAUAAUAAAGAGAGAGCCCAUCAGCUCUGAGAGAGACGUGCAGGUGGAUGGAGGGUGUCUUUGAGGAGUCUGAAGAUUUCGGGGUCGCCGUCCUGCACUCUGCACACCCACCUCGCUCCUCUCUCUCUCCGCCUCUACAGACAGUAACACGACGCUCCCAUCAUCACAGCAGAGGGCGAAUCAG